AUGACUUUCACCGAUACUGUCGAGAAGGAGGCCAUUUCGGCCGAGCCUGCGAUGAAGUCUGAGGAGAGUAGUAUCUACAUCGACCGUGAUGCGGAACGGUCGUAUGUGCGGAAGGUGGACUUUUUCGUCCUGCCACUCCUCUGCUUGAGUAACCUGGCAAACGCUAAAACUGAUGGUCUAGACGAGGAUAUUCACCUGGUCGGGAAUGACUACUCGUUGAUGGUGCUGCUAUUCUACAUCCCGUUCGGGUUGUGUGACUUGCCAUGGAAUCUGCUGCUGAAGCGGUACUCCGGACGCUAUGUGCUGUCUUUCAUGACCGUGGUCUGGGGAAUCCUGGCUCUAUGCCAAUGUGCUGUGAAAGACUUCGGUGGUAUGAUUGCUGUUCGAAUGAUCCUAGGAGUGUUUGAAGCAGGUUUCUUUGCGGGGGCGACAUUUUAUAUGACACUUUUUUACACGCGAGGCGAGAUGGGCUUCCGACUGGCCAUCAUGCAGUCCUUUGCGGUGCUCGCAUCCGCCUUCAGCGGACUCAUCUCCUUCGGCGUAUUUCAGAUCCACGAUCCAGCUGUCAAAGGCUGGCAAUGGCUGUUCAUCAUUGAAGGUUCAAUGACCUUCCUCAUGGGAAUCAUGUCGUUCUUCUGGUUGCCCGGCAAUCCACGUACUGCAUGGUUUCUCAACGAGCGUGAACGGGCUGCGGCAACGGCACGAUUACUGCGCGACACCUCGGCCGAGGUGGAUACCAAACUGGAUCUGAAGGUUGCAUUCGAGACAUGGAAGGACUGGAAGUUCCCCAUCUGGUGCAUUAUCACGUUCACUUAUCCGGUGGCAUAUGCGACCGCGAUGAAUUUCUUCCCGUUGAUUGUCGAACGACUGGGAUUUUCCACUGUCAAAACAAACCUCUGGACGGUCGCCCCAAACCUGGUAGGCGCGGUAGUGCUUCUCUGUGUGGCCAAGUCGUCGGAUCACUUCCGCGAGCGAACAUUCCACAUUAACUCGCGUGCAGCCAACACGGGUUUCUUCGUAGGGUUGGGCAAUUUGGCGGGAAUCUUAAGCGCGGCGACGUUUCGCACGCAAUAUGCUCCGAAGUAUAUUCCCACCUUGGUAGCCACCUGCUGCUGCAACGGGGUGUGUAUUGUGGUGGUGAUCGCACUGGGGCUGUGGAUGCGACGGGAAAAUGGCCGACGCGAUCGCCAACAAGGCCGAAGAGUGCGUCCGGGAGAAGUGGAUACACAAGGUUAUUCGUCGAUAUGCAUCUUCAGUCCGCAUUCCUGCUUCUCCUCUUUUCCCCUUCAGCUUAUCACCGGCUUCGGCCUACCCGACCCGCAGAUAAAUGAGUCCCACGUGUGUCACUGGCCCAACUGCGGCAAGACCUUUACUCGCGCAGAGCACCUGCGUCGCCAUGCCCUCAAUCAUGACCAGGCAAGACAAGGCUAUACCUAUCGCCAUCUCAUGCGCCAUGCCAAACGUGAUGAGGAAGCUGGAGGCCCUGGCCAAGGAGUGCUGGAGACGAGAAAACGCACUCGCCGUGCGGGGGAUGGCUCCAUCAUCACUCGUCCUCCGAAGCGUCAGUCACGCGCUCGUGCCAGCCACAGCUUACCUCCAUCGUCAUCGGCCUCUUCAUCGUCCAUUUCCGUUACCAGCGCCCAAGACUAUGGUGCCCCUGUGUCGCCUCCGACGUCGGCGAGCGACCCAUCGUCCAUGUCGUUGGAUGAGCCCGAUCCACUACUGGCUCCGAUGAUGCCCAGCGGGCCAUUCGAGCCCUAUGUCGAGCCCAUCCCGGGGCAGUUUGAUGCGGCAGAUGGCUCCUGGAGUCUGGGACUGGAUGGAAUGGGCGAUUUCUUCAGCCUUGAUACUGCCACCGACUUCAACAUGCCCUUUGCGGCCACCCAUAACUACAACUGGUUGUUCGACGUCGCCUCUCUAGACGACGCAUUCCCUCCCUUCGACCUCCCACUAGGUCCAGACAUGGUCACCUUCGCCGAGGAUGCCCUUCCCAUCGAUGACCCGAAAUCAUAUCUCGACCGCGACGGUUCCUCCGUCCUCCUCCAAGCAGCCUCCUUCGUCGAACGCAGCGACCCGCUCGUCUUCUCCGCGCCCAUCCUCGACUCCCAACCCGACACUAUCAACCUCGACUGGAUGGACGCACCCUCCCUCCUUCAAACUACCCCCCAACCCCAUCUCCCCAUCCUCACCGAAGAAGCCCGUCAAGGCAUCCUCAACCUCAUCGCCCAAGCCCCACCCCUGACCAUCGACGGCCAACCCACCCCACUCGACUCCCCACUCCUAUCCCUCCCCUCCCUCCAAUCCUACAGUGACCUCUUCUUCACGCGCUUCAACACAACCUACCCCCUCCUGCACCAACCCACCUUCUGCCCAUCCACCACCACCCCAGUGCUCCUCGCCGCCAUCCUCUCCAUGGGCGCCACCUACAGUAGCCGCGAAGCGCACCAACUCGCCGUAGGCAUCCACGACUCCCUGCGGAACCAACUAUUCUGCCACGCCGACUUCUCCCCGCAGCCCGACCUCUGGGUCCUACAAGCCAUGCUCCUAAUCGACUGCUUCGGGAAGAUGCGCGCGGGCCCAAAACAACGCGAACGCGCCCAGCUCUUCCACUGCGUCUUGAUCAAACUCAUCCGGCGAAGCGACUGCUGCGCUAUUCGCCACGCACCCAACCCCACCACUGCCACUACAGAUACAGAUAUCGACACCCUCUGGCGCACCGCCAUGCACGACGAACAGAAAAAGCGCGUCGCCCUGCACUGCUUCAUGUGGGAUACGCAACACGCUGUCCUCUUCUCCCAGUCCCUAUGCAUGUCCGCGUUCGAAAUCAGAUCCGCGCUGCCCUGUUCCCAGAGCUCAUGGGAAGCGUGCACGGCGAGUGACUGGGCGCAUCAUGCAUCUAUGGAACCUCCCCCGAGGAUGUUCCUCUCUGUGCUGAAGGGGUACAUCACCCCGUCUGCGAUGGCCCGGCCACGCGAUCUGAAUACCCUUGCCAGGAUCGUCGUCCUGCACGGACUCAUGUCCGUUUCAGCGGACUUGAAGAGACGGGACCAGACGACGUUACGCGCUGAGACGCCCGAGCGAGUCGGUGCGUGGACACGUCGCAUGGGGAGGUCGUAUGAUCUGUGGAAAGUAGACUUCGAUGCUGAUUGCCUGGCAAUGAAGUUGAACUUCGGACAACAUCCCGGGGAGGGUGUCGCUGGGUCAAGACGAGGUGGAGCGGGAGGGGUGUUCACGGGGCUGAAGAUGGCGGCGUGUGCGUUGUAUCGUGCAGCGUGGUUGGCGCUGCAGGUAGAGAUACUCGACUUGCAGGUUGCUGCUGGGGCGGGGAGGAUCCUGGGGAGGGCUGUGACGGAAGGGGAUCGGGAGAGGUCGCGACGGGGGUUGAGGAAGUGGUUACUUGGCGGUGGUGAGGGGGCAUUAGGGGCUGCGAGACAGGCGGCGAAGUUGUUGGAAGAGGCGGUGCUGAGUCUGCAUGAUUGGGAGCAGACGGAUGCGUUUCAUUUCCCGUGGUGUUUGUAUUUGGCGACGUUGACUUGUUGGGCGUUUCAUGGUGGGGUGAAUGGAGAUGGUGACGGUGGUGGUAAUGGUAGUGGGGAGAGGGUUACGACGGAUCUGGCGAGUUUGAUCGUGGCCAUGACGACGUGUGGCAGUUUGGGAGAUAUGGCGGCGCUCGGGGGAAAGUAUGAUACGAGGGGGUUGGUGAGGACGAUGGCGCAGCAGUUGGCGACGGUGAGGUGGGCGGUGGUGCAUGAUGCGAUGAAAGUGUUGGUGAAUCUGGGGAAUUGA